UUCUCUCUCCUCUCCUCCGAUGCCUUGCUUCCUCUGUUUCCGGCUUUGAUCCUUCUCUUCAUUUCUUUACAAAUCCAUUCUCACACAGGAAACCUCAAGAAUCCAUCACAUUUUUUUGAUUCACACAAGUCUCUACUUUCGUGUUCUCUCGCUUUCUGCUCAACUUUGUCAAUUUUUAGGGAGAUGCUCAAGCUUUAAUCGCCGAAUUAAGAAAUUCCUUGUCGGAAGAAUGACGUAAAUAUCUCUAGAAGAAUGGACGUGGUUGAGGAAUGUAUGUUAUUGUUAAUGGCUGAUUUGUAAGAUUUGGAAUGUCCUCAGACACAAAGAUUGAACUGAAUUGGAAACGGAGAUAAUUUUUUUUCAACUCGACGCAUUGUUUUGUUUUCUUUUCCGUCCUCAUGAUACCUCACAAUUUUGAAUGUUAAUAGUUGUUUUUGUUUGAUUAUGGUUGGUCAUGAAUCGUAAUAGCAUGAAGUUGCUGGUAAAUUUAGGGAAGAGACUAAAAUGAUUGCCAUUUUUUCUGGUGAUAUCUGAAACCUGGAUGGAUACAAAGCAACAUAUUGCAAUUUUUACCACGGCCAGUCUUCCAUGGAUGACUGGAACUGCAGUAAACCCUCUAUUUCGUGCUGCCUAUCUAUCAAUCGGUGGGGAUAGAAAGGUCACACUGGUGGUUCCUUGGUUAUCUAUACGAGAUCAGGAACUUGUAUAUCCCAGCAACACAACCUUCGUCUUACCCUCACAGCAGGAGAAAUACAUUCGGGAAUGGCUCGAAGAAAGAAUAGGAUCAAAAUUCAAUUUCAACCUCCAAUUUUAUCCCGGGAAGUUUGCCGUAGAUAAAAGGAGCAUUCUCCCUGUUGGUGAUAUUUCAGAAAUCAUCCCUGAUGACGAAUCAGAUAUUGCUAUCCUUGAGGAGCCGGAGCAUCUAACAUGGUAUCAUCAUGGAAGGAGAUGGAAAAAGAAAUUCAAAUGGGUGGUAGGAAUUAUCCAUACCAACUAUUUGGAAUACGUUAAACGGGAGAAGAAUGGGGCAGUUGAAGCUUUUCUUCUUGAACAUAUAAACAGAUGGGUUGUUCAUAUCUAUUGCCACAAGGUGAUUAGGUUAUCUGCUGCUACCCAGGAUUAUCCAAAGUCCGUUAUCUGCAAUGUUCAUGGUGUCAAUCCCAAAUUCCUCGAGAUAGGUAAGCAGAAGAUGGAACAGCGACAAGAUGAGGAUCAAGUUUUUGGCAAAGGUGUCUAUUAUAUAGGGAAGAUGAUAUGGAGCAAGGGAUACAGGGAGCUGCUUAAACUUCUUGGCGAUCAUCAGAAGGAUUUAGCUGGGAUUGAGGUUGAUUUAUUUGGAAAUGGAGAAGAUUCUGAUGAAGUCCAGAAAACUGCUCGAGACUUGGAAUUAUCUGUUAAAGUUUAUCCUGGACGCGAUCACACAGAUCCGAUCUUCCAUGAUUACAAAGUCUUUGUGAAUCCAAGCACCACAGACGUUGUUUGCACCACCACAGCUGAAGCAUUGGCAAUGGGCAAAUUCGUUGUAUGUGCUGAUCAUCCCUCAAAUGAGUUCUUCAGGCAAUUCCCAAACUGCUUUCUCUGUGACAAAAGUGAUGCCUUUGUUAGGGGAAUUUUCAAAGCACUGACUGAAGAACCCGAGCCGCUGACCAAUGCGCAAAUGCACGAGCUCUCGUGGGAGGCUGCAACAGAACGUUUCCUAACCGCUGCUGAACUCGACCAGCCACUUGCAAAGAAACCUCAAAGAACUCGUUCCAAGAAGUUUCUAUCUAUGUCAUUGCAACUUGGUAGAAAGUUUGAUGAUGCAUCAGCAUAUAUACAUCAUGUGACUCUUGGGUUCGAGGGGUCACGACGAGCGUUCGGGGCUGUCCCCGGAAGCCUGCAUCCAGAUGAACAACAAUGCAAAGAGUUGGGAAUAGCUAGUCCUUCUAACAAAAGAGGUUGGAAAAAGUGAUUAAAGUGAGUGCAUCAGUUAUGAUCCUAUUCAAAAUAUAUCCAAGGAUGUUAGAUUUUUAAUGUUAGGUGUGCAAGUUUGAAAGAUUGUUCACAUUUACCCUCUUUAUUCUUACACAUGUUGUCUUUGUCUGAAGCUGAGAUUUGUAGUUAGAGCUUAACAUCAUGAAUGGUAUGGUAAUGUAACAAACCGCUUUUUGAUGCUUCA